AUGAAUGCACCUGAGAACAGUUCAGCCACCAAAUCAAUCCUGAGCAAGUUGUCAAUCAGUUUACUAGUGGCAGUUGCCUUCACUUUGACAGAAUGGCCAGAAUCUUUGAAAAACUUCAUCCAAAAUUGUGUUAAAUUCUCUUUACCAAGGGAGAUAAAUGGGUCGAUUGAAGGAUUGUCGAUUACCUCCCCUACAAAUAUAUCAGAAAUAGAUCCCGAGAUAAGAAGAGGCAUGACUGGCAAGAAGCUACAUGAAGUGUGUCACAUGACCUCAUUAAUUGAUCACGUGACCAAAAAGACUGGGAAUGAUGGAGUGAUAGAUGUUGGUUCUGGUCUGGGUUAUCUUUGUCAGGUGUUACAUUGCAAUUAUGGUCACAGUGUUUUAGGACUUGAAGGCAAGCACGGUCAUACAUCUGGUGCUGAUAAAAGAACUCACAAGUUUGAAAGAUGUCAUCACCUUCAUAAUGUAACAUGUGAACUUAGUCAACAGACACAGUCUCAGCAGGAGUUUCUGUCCUUGAUUUUAGACUGGUUCUCUGAAAUUAAAUCUGAGUCAACCAAAUGCUGUCAUUUCAAGACUGCUUUAAAAACUGUUAAAUCACAUGAAAAAAACAUUCAGACUGAUUCUAGUGAAUUGCAUUCUUAUGACAGGUCUGGUAGUGAAUUAUCUGAAAAAGUUGAAAACAAUUCUGGGAAUCAGUCUGCUUUAGCAAGAUUUUCUUCGACUGGUUCUCAAUCAAAUUUUGAAAAUAAUCCAAUUGAAAAUACCAAAAAUAAAAAUUGCAAUAUUAACCUUCACGCUGCUGUGAAAAAUUAUGAUAAAGGCAUUAAAGAUAAUGCUUUUGAAGUUUGUAAAAGAAAAAACAAUUUUGUCUGUGAUAGUGAAAGGGACUGUUGUUUACCAGAUACAGUUGUGGGCAGUGAUAAAGUAAACAAUGUACCAACAUUUUGCAUGGUCGGUCUACACUGUUGUGGAGACUUAACACCCAUCAUGCUGAACAAUUUUGUUGAAUUGGAUCAAAUUACCUCCCUUUGUUGUGUGAGCUGUUGUUACCAUAGAAUGAAUUUUAAUGAAGAUAUACAGACACAUGACAAUUUUCCCAUGAGUCAACAGUUGAAAACAGCACUGGUUAAAACUCAGCAAACCUACCCAGAGUUCAAGUUUUCUUCAUAUGCUCUAAGACUGGCUGCCCAGGAAACAAGAGCCAGAUGGCAUGAACAGACAGAUGAAGAACAUGAUUUUCAUAUGAGAAAUGUUGCAUACAGAGGAAUACUGGAAACCAGUCUGCUGCAGCCAGAUACAGAUGAGACAUUCCAGUUAAAGAAGAAUGUAAGAAAGCUGGCACAUAAAGCAGACUACCAGUCAUUUACUGCAUAUAUUGAUGCAGUCUCCAAACAUGUGCACACACCUGACACAGUUUCAUUAGAAGAGUUCAAAUUGAAGUUUUGUCAGAGAAUGCAUCAGAAAUUAGACAAAUACCAGAAGUACUUUUGUUUGAUUGAGCCCUUAACUGCACUACAGUAUCUUCUACAACCAGUCUUGGAAUCUUUGAUAUACAUGGAUAGAAAACAAUGGUUGUGUGAACAAGGCUUGCAGGCAGAUAUCAUACCUGUAUUUGAUGAAUUGAUUUCUCCAAGAAAUCUGGCAUUAGUUGCUUGGAAAUAAAAUAUAA